AUGGCCAUACCUGUUAUCCCCUCUCAUAAUCCAAUAAACAACAACGUCUAUAUACAAACCCUUAUGAUCGACUACGCCUUUUCAAAUUACAAAUAUGUCAUGACCCCUGAAGAAGCCGAGGAGAUUUUAGCGAAACCAUAUUGGGACGAUGUUGACGCUUUUUGUAGUUAUAUGAUACAAGCGAACUUUGGACAACCAGUGUCUAGCACAAGUAACGUAAGGCUUCCUAGUGCAAUCAAUAUAUACACUGACGAAGAGCUCAACGCCAUGGAGUCAGGGUUAGUUGAGCUCUUGCCUCCUAGGAAUGCGGAACUCAACACGAGUGAAGAGUCAAGUAUGGAAAAUACGCGGCCAACUAUGGGCAAUGGUCAAGAGAGCUAUGUUAGAUCUAUAUCACAGCCCGUUAUUAGAAUCCCCGCAGGGGAUUUUGAAAACGAAAACGAAACCGGAUUUGAAGGGGAGUACCUUCCUGUAUACACCCCUGAAAUUCUUCCGCCAUAUACUCCUUUCGGCAUUGUAGAAAUUCUAUCCGGAGAACCCCCAGUAAGCGCCGAAGAGGCCAGGGAAGCCAGCAACACUGAAGACGUCCCUAUAUAUGAUACUAUUGAAGAAAAUCAUGACGAGAUAGGAGUACAGGAUACCUCAAGACUUGAUAUCCUCUACACUCUGAGUUCACGAGUGGACAGAAAGUUCCAGAGGGUCAAGCAAAAGCUCGCGUGUAGCUUUAAGACUGUCUCGCCCAAGAAAGCGCUAGACUUAACCCUUGGAAUCAGAAAAGGAGAUGCAAGGAAGAUAGUAGGUAUACGAAGGUGGGCCUUUCCUUUUACCCAUCAUAAUAAGAAGCCUAAGCAGAGUGGUUAG